GAGCUAUCAUUAAGACUAAGAGUGUUAAUGUACAAUCCAAAAUAAGCAAUUCUGCAAUGUUAAGUCGAAGGGUUUUGGAAAAGUAAUUUGGCAAUCAAUUUCAACGGGGUUAUGAGCAUGGAGAAAGUCCCACAAUUUUUGUUGGAUGUUCUGUAUCAUAUCUCUUCUUAAACUUUGACCGCCUAAUGGACCAAGUGCUUUGGAUUUUGAACCACAAAACUUAAAAUACUGAGAGAUCGCUGACAAUUUCUUUGAUUAUGAAUGCAAGAGAUCAGUAAAUUACAAUAACUAUGGACAUCUUUGUUUACAGUAACACACAGCAAAACAAUGCCAUGCCAGAUCGGAACUUAUACUUGCAUUCUACAGAUCCGUGAUGAAAUACUUUUUAUUCGCUCAGACUGAGUUACCAGAGGAAAAUGCAGGCCCUAAUUGGGGUACCCAAGUGAGGAAAGUGGCUUUAAACCAAUGUUCGGAGCCCAUGAUGGGUAAAGUUUAUCUGAUCAUGGUUGAUUGAGGACUGUUGUUAGCUUAGUGGCGUAUCCAUAUGGGUGUAUUCUUCCCCGUUAGAAGGUUGCGAGAGGUGUAGACGGUUGGGUUUCAUGUGAAUUAAAAUGAUGACAAGGGGAAGCAUUUUAGGGUUUUUGACAGGAGGUUAAAAUUUUCAGGUUGAUUUAAAUAAAGGCUGCAUAUUUUCUAUUUGAAAAUGGUAAAAGAGCAUUCAUAGUUAAGAUCAUUGGAAUUGUACACGAGGUAGGAGAUCAAUGGGGCGUCCAAAACGGAAAACUGAAAUUAAGGCAAUAGAAGAAGAGCCCCAAGAAUGUGGUGGCACACACAGGAGAGGGGCUUUAGCUUGUAUGGUAAACUCAGAAGUGGGUGCUGUGUUAGCUGUUAUGCGGCGAAAUGCAAGAUGGGCAGGCCGUUAUAUGGCAGGUGAUGACCAGUUAGAACAUUCGCUUGUACAAGCUUUGAAGAGCUUACGCCGGCAAAUAUUUAGCUGGCAGCAACCCUGGCACAUGAUUGAUCCUUCUGUUUAUUUGAAACCAUUUUUGGAUGUGAUCCGUUCAGAUGAGACAGGGGGUCAGAUUACUGGAGUUGCCUUGUCUGCUGUUUACAAGAUCUUAACUCUGGAAGUUUUUGAUUUGAAUACAAUCCAUGUUGAUGAUGCAAUGCAUUCCAUAGUUGAUGCUGUGACGAGUUGUAGGUUUGAAGUAACGGAUGCAGCAUCAGAGGAGGUAGUAUUAAUGAAGAUACUGCAGGUUCUUCUAGCUUGUAUGAAAAGCAAGGCUUCUGUAGUUCUUAAUAACCAGGAUAUCUGUACCAUAGUAAAUACAUGCUUUCGAGUGGUUCAUCAAGCUGGAUCCAAAGGUGAAUUACUACAGCGAGUGGCUCGGCAUACAAUGCAUGAGCUUGUGAGGGCUAUUUUUUCUCAUCUACCAGAGCUUGAUCAUGCAGAGGCUACUACAAAAACCAAUGAAGGUGAGAGGUCUUCUGUCGAUUCUAAAGGACAUGUAGAUGAGCUUGGGAAAGAAUGCAGAGUUGAUGGCAGGCAGUUUGACAAUGGAACCGUGGACUAUGAUUCUGCCGACAUGUUAGUAUCUGGUGUAUUGACAUCACAUAGUCCUUUUAUGAUCAAUUCUUCCAUGGAGUUUUCAGAUGAGAAAACAACUAGCAACAGAGUUAGCAGUAAAGAACUUGCUAAUGAUGUGCAGAUUAUGAUAGAGCCAUAUGGGGUUCCCUGCAUGGUGGAAAUUUUUCAUUUCUUAUGCUCCCUUUUAAAUAUAGUCGAGACUAUGAGUAUAGGUGCUCGGUCAAACCCUUUAGCCUUUGAUGAAGAUGUUCCUCUUUUUGCUUUGGGGUUAAUAAACUCUGCUGUUGAAUUGGGAGGGGAAUCGAUAGGGAGACAUCCAAAGUUACUAGCCCUGAUACAGGAUGAGCUUUUUCGUAAUUUAAUGCAGUUUGGAUUGUCAUCGAGCCCUUUGAUCCUAUCCAUGGUGUGUAGCAUAGUUCUUAAUUUAUAUCAUCACCUACGUACAAAAUUGAAAUUGCAGCUGGAAGCAUUCUUCUCCUGUGUUAUAAUCAGGCUUGCACAAAGCAAGUAUGGUGCUUCUUAUCAACAGCAAGAAGUUGCAAUGGAAGCAUUGGUGGAUUUCUGCAGACAGCCAACAUUUAUGUCUGAGAUGUAUGCAAAUUUGGAUUGUGACAUUACUUGUGGUAACAUAUUUGAGGAUCUUGGAAACCUACUGUCAAAGAGUGCAUUUCCUGUAAAUUGCCCUUUGUCUGCCAUGCACAUUUUGGCAUUGGAUGGGCUUAUUGCUGUCAUUCACAGCAUGGCAGAUAGGGUGACUGCGGCAUCACCACUCCCUGAGCCUGUACCUGUGGGAGAGAUAGAAGAGUAUGUACCCUUUUGGGAGAUAAAUUGUGAAAGUUUUGAAAAUCCUGACCAUUGGGUGGAGUUUGUUCGACGUAAAAAGUAUGUCAAGAGGAGAUUGAUGAUUGGAGCAGACCACUUUAAUAGGGACCCAAAGAAAGGACUUGAAUUCCUGCAAGGAACUCAUUUACUUCCUGAAAAGCUUGAUCCCCAAAGUGUUGCUUGUUUUUUCAGAUAUACUGCAGGACUGGAUAAAAACCUUGUUGGUGAUUUCUUGGGUAACCAUGAUGAGUUUUGUGUGAAGGUGCUUCAUGAAUUUGCAAAGACAUUUGAUUUUCAGGAAAUGAAUUUGGAUACGGCAUUGCGGCUAUUUCUUGAGACUUUCCGUUUGCCAGGUGAGUCGCAGAAAAUACAAAGGGUACUUGAGGCAUUUUCAGAGAGAUAUUAUGAACAAUCAUCAAAAGUUCUCGCAGAUAAGGAUGCAGCUUUUCUUUUGUCAUAUUCCCUUAUCAUGCUUAACACAGAUCAGCACAAUGUUCAAGUUAAAAAAAAGAUGACUGAAGAGGAUUUUAUCAGAAAUAAUCGUCACAUCAAUGCUGGGAAAGAUCUUCCUCGAGAGUAUCUUUCUGAACUUUAUCAUUCUAUUGUCAAGAAUGAAAUUCGGACAUCUUAUGAACAAGGUAUAGGAUUUCCUGAGAUGACUCCUAGCCGCUGGAUUGAUCUCAUGCGGAAGUCGGAGAAGACACCUCCUUACAUUGUUUGUGAUUCCAGGCCCUUCCUUGAUCAUGAUAUGUUUGCCAUAAUAUCAGGUCCAACUAUUGCUGCCAUAUCGGUGGUCUUUGACCAUGCAGAGGAUGAAGAUGUUUUCCAUGCGUGUGUGGAUGGCUUUCUUGCAGUGGCUAAAAUGUCAGCUUGCCACCAUCUAGAGGAUGUGCUAGAUGACUUAGUGGUUUCUCUCUGUAAAUUUACAACUCUUCUCAACCCAUCUGCUUCUGUUGAAGAGCCUGUUCUUGCCUUUGGUGAUGACACAAAAGCAAGGAUGGCAACUGUUACAGUAUUCACAAUAGCUAAUGAAUAUGGGGACUAUAUUCGAACUGGAUGGAGGAACAUCUUAGAUUGCAUCCUGCGUUUACACAAGCUUGGUCUGUUACCUGCCCGUGUUGCAAGUGAUGCUGCUGAUGAUCCUGAUGUGGCAAAUGAUUCCAUUCAUGGUAAGACGCUCUCAGGAACUCCAUCUAUAUCUCAUAUACCUGUAGUAGGUACUCCACGGCGGUCAUCAGGUUUGAUGGGCAGAUUUAGCCAACUGUUAUCACUUGACACUGAUGAACCCAGAUCUCAGCCAACUGAACAGCAGCUUGCUGCACAUCAACGCACAGUGCAAACCAUACAAAAAUGUCAUAUUGAUAGUAUCUUUACCGAGAGUAAAUUUUUACAAGCAGAGUCUUUGCUCCAGCUAGCAAGGGCCCUUAUCUGGGCAGCAGGUAGACCCCAGAAGGGUAGUAGUUCACCUGAAGAUGAAGACACAGCUGUUUUCUGCCUAGAAUUAUUAAUUGCAAUCACUCUCAACAAUCGCGACAGAAUUAUGCUUCUGUGGCAGGGUGUUUAUGAGCACAUUGCAGGUAUUGUACAAUCAACUGUUAUGCCAUGUGCUCUUGUUGAGAAGGCUGUGUUUGGACUACUACGAAUCUGUCAGCGUUUGCUUCCCUACAAGGAAAGUUUGGCAGAUGAGCUUUUGAGGUCCUUGCAGCUUAUUUUAAAGUUGGAUGCCCGUGUAGCAGAUUCAUACUGUGAACUCAUUACUCAAGGAGUCAUGCGGCUUGUCAAGGCAAAUGCUGGGCACAUUAAAUCUUCAAUGGGUUGGCGCACUAUUUCAUCUCUGCUUUCUAUUACUGCCCGUCAUCCAGAAGCAUCAGAAUCUGGUUUUGAAGCACUAUCCUUUAUUAUGUCUGACGGUGCACAUUUAACACAGGCAAACUAUGUUUUUUGCCUUGAUGCUACUCGUGCAUUUGCAGAGUCUCGUGUUGGUUUGGCUGAUAGGUCUUUGCGUGCAUUGGAUUUGAUGGCAGAAUCUGUGAAAUGUUUAGUCCGCUGGUCAAAGAUGUCAUCUGGCGAUCGGAAAACUGUUGGUGAUUCUCGUGAGGAUACCUCCAAGUCCUCCCAAGAAAUUGGGGAAAUGUGGUUACGGCUGGCACAUGGGUUUCGCAAAGUUUGUUUAGAACAGAGAGAAGAAGUCAGAAACUAUGCUCUUCUGUCACUGCAACGGUGCCUAUUGGCAGCAGAGGCUAUUUCUUUGGCACCUACAAUUUGGUUACAAUGUUUUGAUCAAGUUAUCUUUAUUAUGCUUGAUGAUUUGCUAGAUAUUGCUCAAGGACAUUCUCCAAAGGAAUAUCGCAACAUGGAGGGCACCCUUCAUCAUGCAAUGAAGUUCCUUUCAAAAAUAUUUUUGCAAUUUUUAGAUCAACUACUUACUUUGCCAAACUUCCGAAAACUUUGGCUUGGUGUGCUCAGUCAUAUGGAGAAGUACAUGAAGUCAAAACUUAGAGGAAAAGGAAGUGAAAAGCUCCACGAGCUUAUUCCUGAGUUGCUGAAAAAUAUGUUACAAAUAAUGAAGACUCGGGGAGUACUUGUGCAAAGAAGUACUCUUGGAGGUGACAGCCUUUGGGAGCUUACAUGGCUUCAUGUGAAAGGGAUUUCACCAUCACUUCAGACAGAACUUUUUCCGGAUCAUGAGCAAGAGGGAGAGAUGGAACCUAGAUCUGAUGAAUAUUCUUCAGCAGCUGAAACAAUAAGUUCUGAAGCUGCCACAGUUGCAAAGUAAAUGCAAGGGGGUUCUAAUGAGAUAAAACAAAUUAAAGUAAUCACACUGAGGUGCUAAAUAUGUGCUAUUCAUAGAAGGUAACGAUUGCACAUUAUCAUCAUUGUUCUUUUUCUAGUAAAGUAGAGAUCGUAUUACUUGUAUUGAUACUAACUUUCAGGAGAAGAAAACAUAGUUUUGCAUGGUGCUGCACUUAGCUGCUUCUCAUAUACACCAGUAAUUUUCCGAGCUGAUAAUACAUUUGAUGUAAUGCGAACCUGGAUCAAAGGGCACUGUGGUUAACUAUUAUAGGAUCAUGCAUUUUGAGUAUCCAUCUAUUCUUCUAUAAAAUUGUGGGCAGGAUGUUCAAUUGGUCCCCAUGUCUAUCACCUGUUUUGUCUGAUGUUGGAAUCGCAUGUCUGACAGAUUUGUAUUUUUUCAACAUGUUAGUUAUUGGAAAUUUAGAAGUAAUUUUCAGCAAUUUGUGCUCU